AUGGCCUCCUCUAUAAACCAGCUACUGACUGACCCAAAGGCCUCCUCUAUAAACCAGCUACUGACUGACCCAAAGGCCUCCUCUAUCAACCAGCUACUGACUGACCCAAAGUCCUCCUCUAUCAACCAGCUACUGACUGACCCAAAGGCCUCCUCUAUCAACCAGCUACUGACUGACCCAAAGCUACUGACUGACCCAAAGGCCUCCUCUAUAAACCAGCUACUGACUGACCCAAAGGCCUCCUCUAUAAACCAGCUACUGACUGACCCAAAGUCCUCGUCUAUCAACCAGCUACUGACUGACCCAAAGGUCUCUCUAUCAACCAGCUACCCAAAGGCCUCCUCUAUAAACCAGCUACUGACUGACCCAAAGGCCUCCUCUAUAAACCAGCUACUGACUGACCCAAAGGCCUCCUCUAUCAACCAGCUACUGACUGACCCAAAGUCCUCCUCUAUCAACCAGCUACUGACUGACCCAAAGGCCUCCUCUAUAAACCAGCUACUGACUGACCCAAAGGACUCCUCUAUAAACCAGCUACUGACUGACCCAAAGGCCUCCUCUAUAAACCAGCUACUGACUGACCCAAAGUCCUCCUCUAUCAACCAGCUACUGACUGACCCAAAGCUACUGACUGACCCAAAGUCCUCCUCUAUAAACCAGCUACUGACUGACCCAAAGGCCUCCUCUAUAAACCAGCUACUGACUGACCCAAAGUCCUCCUCUAUCAACCAGCUACUGACUGACCCAAAGGCCUCCUCUAUACACCAGCUACUGACUGACCCAAAGGUCUCCUCUAUAAACCAGCUACUGACUGACCCAAAGGCCUCCUCUAUAAACCAGCUACUGACUGACCCAAAGGCCUCCUCUAUCAACCAGCUACUGACUGACCCAAAGUCCUCCUCUAUCAACCAGCUACUGACUGACCCAAAGGCCUCCUCUAUCAACCAGCUACUGACUGACCCAAAGCUACUGACUGACCCAAAGUCCUCCUCUAUCAACCAGCUACUGACUGACCCAAAGACCUCCUCUAUAAACCAGCUACUGACUGACCCAAAGUCCUCCUCUAUAAACCAGCUACUGACUGACCCAAAGGCCUCCUCUAUCAACCAGCUACUGACUGACCCAAAGUCCUCCUCUAUCAACCAGCUACUGACUGACCCAAAGGCCUCCUCUAUAAACCAGCUACUGACUGACCCAAAGGACUCCUCUAUAAACCAGCUACUGACUGACCCAAAGGCCUCCUCUAUAAACCAGCUACUGACUGACCCAAAGGCCUCCUCUAUAAACCAGCUACUGACUGACCCAAAGUCCUCCUCUAUCAACCAGCUACUGACUGACCCAAAGGACUCCUCUAUAAACCAGCUGCUGACUGACCCAAAGGCCUCCUCUAUCAACCAGCUACUGACUGACCCAAAGGACUCCUCUAUCAACCAGCUACCGACUGACCCAAAGUCCUCCUCUAUAAACCAGCUACUGACUGACCCAAAGUCCUCCUCUAUCAACCAGCUACUGACUGACCCAAAGUCCUCCUCUAUAAACCAGCUACUGACUGACCCAAAGGUCUCCUCUAUCAACCAGCUACUGACUGACCCAAAGGCCUCCUCUAUAAACCAGCUACUGACUGACCCAAAGUCCUCCUCUAUAAACCAGCUACUGACUGACCCAAAGUCCUCCUCUAUAAACCAGCUACUGACUGACCCAAAGGUCUCCUCUAUCAACCAGCUACUGACUGACCCAAAGGCCUCCUCUAUGAACUAA